GGCGGAGCUGGGCUUGCAGGUGGAUCGCCUCAGGUCUGAGAACCAAAAGCUCCGGGAGCUGCUGAUUGAGCUGGGGCUCGAGCUGCCCAGCGCAGACCAAGGAGGCGCAGUCCGGGCGGCCGAGACGCUCGUGUCGCUCAUGACGGAGGGCGGUUCUUUGGUCCGCGAGCGGGAGGAGUUGAUCCUGGAGCACGCGCGGCUCACGGUGGCCCAGCAAGCCGCGGAGGACCAGGACCCGGACCUGGAGCAGUUGCUGCAGGCGCUGCUGGAGGUGGAUGCGCUGAACGCCGAGCGCGAACAGCUCCGAAUGGAGCGCGGCCUGCAGGAGCAGGCGGAGGCGGACGAGCUUGUGGACGCCCUCUCGAAGCUGCGGCCGUUGCUGAGCGAGACGGACGUCUUGCGCACUGAGCGGCAGCGCUUGGUCUCGGAGCGCCGCAGUCUGGCAGAGGUGGCCCAGGGCGCUGGUGUCUUCGCUGAGGAGGUCUUGGAGGAUGAGGACCUGGAGCUGCAGCUGCUGAACGCCGUGAAGG